UGAAAGUAAAAGAAGAAAAAUGCUAUAGAACCACAAAAAAAAAUGUGUUUGGAAAAUAUGUAUUGACAGAACGACACUGCCAAAACAGAUGUGCAUAAUUAUGCUCCGUUCAGUUAAAGUAAAUGAAUAAAUAUACAAUACAAUAAAGUGUUAAUUAAUGAAAACCGGUGAGUUCAAUCGUUCGGGAUCAUUUAUAAAGUUUUUCUUACGGGAAGGAAUUAUGCCUGCCACGGCGUUUGGGACUUGCUUCUCAUGAAAUAUUUUUAAACAUUAUCACUGGAGACAAAAUAUUGGUUGUCUAUAACUGAGUUUCAUACAAGAAAAUGGAUCCACCAAAAAUAAUUGAUUUAGAAAGUGUAAUAGAACCACAUUUAAAUGGUGACCAAAUAUUAUCUUACACCAGCCGUUAUCUUACUAAACCUGGUGAAAAUUAUGGUAGUAUUAUGUUAUCAGUAAGAGCCACCAUUAAACGUAAAAAUGGAAAUAUUGAAGAGCUACCAUUAAUAGCAAAAUUACCGCCAUUAACAAAUGAUUUCUACUGGAACAUAUUUCAACCGGAACGAACCUGCAUUACAGAAAAUGCUGUUUACAAAUAUGCCAAACCCAUGAUACGACAAUUGCAAGUUGGGGCUGGAAUUAAAGAAAAUGAAAUUUUCGAUUGUUUUCCACAUUAUUAUGGAUCACGGAUUUCAUUGAAUCCAGAAGCAACUGUUGUAGAUCGAGAUGCUGUUUUAGUACAAGAGAAUGUGCAAAUUUCUGGCUUUAAAGCAGGUAAUAGGAAGCAGGCAUUUGAUUUGGCACAUACAGUGUUGGUUUUAAAGAAUAUGGCACAAUUUCAUGCAUUGCCAAUAGCCUUGCGCAUUAAGAAACCAGAGGAUUACGAGAAAUAUGUACGUCCAUAUUUUCAUCGCUUUAAUAUAAAUGAAUCAAUGGCACCAGAAGCGAGAGCAGAAAUGAAUGAAGAAACAUAUAAGGAAGUAGAACGUUCCACCAACAAUAAUGAAAAGACCGUUGCUCGUGUAAGAAAACUAAUGGAAAUUUACGAUGACUUUUUAGCUGGACCUAAUAAAAAAGAUGGACUUUUUACAACAAUAAUGCACAAUGAUAUGUGGAUUAAUAAUUUAAUGGUACAAUAUGAUAAGGAUGGUCAUCCUAGUCAAUUAAAAAUUAUUGAUUUUCAAAUAGCGCAAUAUGAUUCCUUAGUCCACGACAUUAUAUUUUUCUUGUUCUCCAGCGUAGACACUAAAAUCUUAUCCGAAUGUUACUACGAAUUUUUGCAGUUAUACUAUAGCACCUUUAUUGAAACUUUGGAGAAGUUACAUGUAUCAACUACUCAGUAUUCCUACGAUCUAUUUUUGGCAGAAGUAAAUGGUUUAGGCCACAUACAGAUUCCUCAUGCACUUUUUAUGACCAAAAUUAUAUUAGCUGAUAGUAGCACCUUGCCGGAAGAUUUUAAGGACUUGGAUAUUAGUAUAUUUAAUAAAAACAGUGGCGUCGCAGAAAUAUCAAAUAAAACUAAAGACAUUUUAACAUUGGCAGAAAAGUUUAAUAUAUUUUAA